AGGUGAGCGCCAGCUGGUGGUUUCUGAGACAAGUGCGCCGUGCUGCAAGCCUAGAUCCCCGCACCAUGAGGAAGCAUCUGGGAGCUGGGUGGUUGGCCCUCGCCUGCGUCCUGCUCUUCGGCCACCUCUCCGUGGUCCCGGCGAGGGGCAUAAAGCACCGGAUCAAGUGGAACCGCAAGACCUUGCCGAGCACCGCGCACGUCACCGAGGCCCGCGUCUCCGUGACGCGCCCGGGCGCCUUCGUCCGGCACGGCCAGAAGCUGGAUGUCGACUUAGGCGCGGACGGCAACAGGUACUACGAGGCCCACUACUGGCAGUUCCCCGAUGGCAUCCACUACGACGGCUGCUCGGACGCCAACGUGACCAGGGAGAUGCUGGUCACCCGCUGCAUCAACGCCACCCAAGCGGCCAACCAGGCGGAGUUCUCGGCGCCGCCGCGGGACCAGCAGGACAGCCGGCUGCACCAGCGCGUCCUGUGGCGCCUCAUCCGGGAGCUGUGCUCCGCCAAGCGCUGCGACUUCUGGCUGGAGGGGGCCGGGGCCUCCCGGGCCGGCCUGGACCAGCCGCCUGUGCUGCUGGGCCUGCUGGUUCUCCUCGGGCUCACAGUAAAAUAAGCUGGCAGGUAGCCCUAGAGGUGGGAGCAGGUGAGCCAAAAAGAGUGCCUUGUCCCAGCUCAGUCACUCCCAGCCCCCAAACGCACUCAUGUCUGAAAGGUACCACGGAGCAGUGAGCCAUCCAUCAGCACGACCCAGUUCACGCCCAGGUAUCCACGCUAGUCUUUGUUCUAUCUUUGGGCCUAGACGCUCGCCCAGAGCGCAAGGCGAUGGCGCAGUCAUCCCUGGACUCUCUGAUCCUGGCCCACGGGGUUAUGCAAUCAAUGUUUAGGGACUAGAUACAAGAACUGUGUCCUGCCCUUCGCGAAACUCCCCAGCCAAGCCCUGGAGAUGGGUGUUAAGAGGUGAUGGAAGCUCGGGAAACAGAA